AUGGCGACCAACACUUCAGCAGCUAUUUUCGAAGCCGGCUGCUGUCCAUCGCUGAGCACUGCAACGAUUGAGUUCAUCCCGAAGGCAGUAAAAGGCAGAGAGAGGAAGUUUGUUAUUCAAGCCCGUGAUUCUCAAGACAAACCCUAUCCUAAAGGCAGCGAGCCUGUGUACGCAACUAUUCGCCUGAUGGGGUCCGAAGAAUCCCCCACUAGUUUAGCUGUCACGGACAAUAAAAAUGGCACGUACAGCGCUUCAUUUAUGCCGACGAGUAUCGGAGAGCAUGUGUUGUCUGUUACUAUUAGCAACGAGCACAUCAAAAGAAGUCCGUUCAUCGUAUACGUGAGGGAGCCAAGGGAUUAUACCACACUAAAUGCAAGUAUCCAGACGUUUAAUGCAACUAAUGUUCGUGGUAUUUCUUUGGAUGAGCACUCAAAUUUAUAUGCUACACUUCAAAAUCACAGUAUCGUGGCUUUCGAUAAAUCUGGGGCGCAGUUUUCCCAACUCGGCACACCAGGUAGCAGCAGUAGUGAUGAUGGGAAAUUCUCUGCCCCAAGAGGCAUUCUCCUGAAAAAAGAUGUUAUUUAUGUUGCAGAUCGAGAUAAUCAUCGAAUUCAGAAGCUGAAAAUAUCCGGGGAGUUUAUAGCCAAAUUUGGUACCAAAGGAUCAGAAAAAGGCCAGCUGAGUGGUCCAAGUUAUCUAUACAUGAACCCUUAG